GCUCCCAUCUAGAGUUCAUCACAUACAUUCUCUAAUCCUAGAGACACUAGCCUAAUGAAUACCAUUUUUAUUAUAAACUGGGAGGGUUGAGCCCUGAAUGCUGAUUGGCUGACAGCUGUGGUAUAUCAUACCUUAUACCACGGGUAUGAUAUAACAUUUAUUUUUACUGCUCUAAUUACGUUGGUAACCAGUUUAUAAUAGCAAUAAGGUACCUCAGGGGUUUGUGAUGUAUGGCCAAUGUACCACGGCCAAGGGCUGUGUUCAGGCAUUUCGUUGUGCCUAAGAACAGCCCUUAGCUGUGGUACCUCCACGGGCCUUAUUGCUUAAGAUUAUCACGUCAUGAAUGAAAUGACAUACUAAUAAUGGAAUGCAGAUGUAAUCUGACAAUAGUUUUUUAAUUGCAACCAAGAAUGCAGAACAUUUACAACAAACACACUGCGUUUGACCGUUCUGGGGGUUGGGUGCAAGACAAGCUCCGCCCAUUUGUUCCACGUCAGAAGAUAUAGGAAGAAGCCUAGUUUAGCUGUUCAGAAACCUACAACAUCAAAUCAUCAUACGUAUUUGCCUUGUCUGGUGACCUUCGCUAAAUUUUACAUUCAAUUGAUUGAAUGGCAACGACGGAUACUGUACAGUCGAACCAAUAUUUGAAACCAACCUGUGCCGCUUCAUGCAACUGUAAAGGAUAUCGCGAUGUAAGGGAAGCCAGCACACAAACCGACACCAAAGUACAAGGUCAUGGACCCAGGCUGUCCAAGGUUAACCUCUUCACCCUGCUCAGUUUAUGGAUGGAACUUUUCCCCAAGGAGGAACCAGAAGACAUAAACCAGAAUGACUUUACGCGGGGUACAGGCCUGGUGGUGGUUCGGGACCAGAGGGUGGUGGGUCUCCACUGCUCCGGUCCAGAGCUCCACGUGGGGCAGGUAGCUGUGAUCAGACACGGGCCCAGGCUGGCUGCCUCAGACCUCUACUUCUCUAGGAGACCCUGCGCUACCUGCCUCAAGAUGCUUAUCAAUGCUGGGGUGAGCCGCAUCUCCUUCUGGCCUGGUGACCCUGAGAUGAGUCUGCUAGCGGUUAGGCCUAAUGGGACGGACUCCACUUCCCAGGAGGCCAUGCUGGACGCCAUUGCGUCCGAGAAGCUGAAGUCCAACAGCCGGCCCCACAUCAGUGUGGUGGUGCAGCCCGUGGCCCCCGGCCUGCAGCAGUUUGUGGAGGAGACCUCCAGGGGGUGUGACUUCAUGGCGAGGGUGUCGGGGGACGACCCCGAAUUGGACGCCGGGGACUUCUACUGGAAGCAGAGGAGACGGAACCUGGACACUUUCUCCAAAGAGUUCCUAAUCCCACAUGAACAGUGCCACCGUGACAUUCUCACCAAAAUAGGUCUGGAGAACUUCUGCAUGGAGCCGUACUUCUCCAACCUGCGUCAGAACAUGAGGGAGCUGGUCGGUGUUCUGGCCUCAGUAGCUGCUAGUGUGCCUCUUCUCCAGCAUGGCUUCUACAGGAAGGACUCCCAGCCUGCAACCUCGGAGCAGCCCCAGCCUCAGGGGGUGUCCCAGGAAAUUGCCAGACACUGCAUCGUACAGGCCAGACUGUUGGCCUACAGAACAGAGGACCCUAAGGUUGGGGUUGGUGCUGUCAUUUGGGCAGAAGGGAAAUCAGGUGGUUGUGAUGGCACGGGGCGGCUGUACCUGGUGGGUUGUGGGUACAACGCCUACCCAGUGGGCUCAGAGUACGGAGAGUACCCCCAGAUGGACAACAAACAGCAGGACCGCCAGAGGAGGAAGUACCGCUACAUCAUCCACGCUGAGCAGAACGCACUCACCUUCAGGAGUGACGAGAUACGCGAGGAGGAGAACACCAUGCUGUUUGUGACUAAGUGUCCGUGUGAUGAGUGUGUCCCUCUGAUCCGAGGAGCUGGGAUCAAGCAGAUCUACACCACUGACCUGGACAGCGGCAAAGACAAGGGAGACAUCUCCUACCUCAGAUUCCACAGCCUCCAAGGAGUCCUGAAGUUCAUUUGGCAGAAGUCUUCUCUGGCCAGGAGAGCCUCUGAACAUGCUGGUCUUCAUCUAGCCAAUGGAUGUGUGGGGAAGCAUGGGAGACAGCCUGAACAGGCCCUUCAAUCCAAUAAGAGGUUACGGUCAGCAACAAACCCAGACCGUUCCCCUGUUUGUUGAACAAUGGUACCUGUAGUUUUCAGUCUGGUUUCACCAGGCUACGGUCCCCGGGCUCUUGUUGGCAUUGUAAAUAUUUCAUUUAUCCAAUUGCAUAUUGAUCAGUGAUUCAAGUAAGGAAGGAUGCAUUUUAACAAUGUUGGAAAUUCAAAGGCCUUUCAUACUCCCCUGUAAUGGACAGUUUCAAGGAGUAAACUCAAGGUGAUUAAAGGACUGACUGUAUAUUGAAAGGAAAUGGUACUACGUAGAUAUUUAAAAAAAAGUAUUUGCAAGGCUUGUAUGUAUAAGUGAACUGUAAAUGCGUGUUUCCUAAUUGUUUGUCUGAGGAGUUUACAAUGAAAGUUGUAUGAAGGCUACUGUUGAUUGUAGCUUUAAGUUUACUAUAGUUCUUCCAGACUUGAAGAAUCCAAGUCCCAUCCCAGCCAGUGCAGGCUACCGACACUAUAUUGCACUUUUGCCUCAAAGGAUAAUAACUCCUAGACCCAUGAAACUGUGCUUUGUCUGUUGUUUUUUUGUUACAUGGUUGGCUCCUACAUCCUGGAAUUGUUUCAUCCUGUUUUGCCAAACUGCUUUUAACUGACAACAAUAAGCAUCUAACAGCAAAAAAAAACUAUAAAAUAUGACAAACCGGGAAAACAAUGUAUGCAUUUCUUUUAUUGGUGUUGUGGUACAGUAGUAGCAAUGUGAUAAAAAUAAAUAAUAAUCCCAUGGUUGAAAA